UUAAUGGAGGAAUAAUAAAGUGCUUGAGUGCGCGGGACAACGCGUAAAUAUUUAUCCUGUUCUUGAUUCCUAUGACGGAUAUUUCGUUUGGUUUUGGAGAGUCAGCCUGAUCUUAAAUUGACACAUGGAUCCUCAACUGUACAGUGAGAGCAGCGCGGGAAGCCGGCGAGUGAUGGGCGGACAGGUGUCGGGGGCCGACCAUGAGCCGACACAGCGGUCCUCUCACCUCUAGAUCCACAUCCACAUCCAGGGCCGCGGCCAGCAGACAGGGAACCAUCCACACGGACAACCCAGAGCUGCUCAAACUGCUCCGAGAAAAUUCCGCAGACGCGGCUCUCUACGACAAGACACGCGCAAAAUCCAAGACACCCAGAAAUACGGGUUCAAAGACACCCAGAAACCAGGAAUCCAAAACGCCCAGAAAUCCGGAUACAAUUGAGACACCCAGAAAUCCGAAUACAAUUGAGACACCCAGAAAUCCGAAUACAAUUGAGACACCCAGAAAUCCGAAUACAAUUGAGACACCCAGAAAUCCGAAUACAAUUGAGACAUCUGCAAAACCCGAGGAGAAAGCGAGAGUGUCUUGGGGGAAAGUGGACAGCAAAGACGAUGCCGACUCGGGACAUUUUGAAGGCGAGGAAUAUCUGGUGUCCGAUCUGAAGCAAGGGGCCGGGCAACAGAACGAUUCCAAGCAAGGGGCCGGGCAACAGAACGGUUCCUCUGUCUCCCACAGUACGGCGCGAGGAGGUAGCGGCGGUGACGUAGACAAGCGACAACGUUCUAUGAACGAUUCUGUCGCCGGGAAAAACGACACUAGAUUUGAAGAGGCGAGAUUUGGCGAGGUGAGACGUGACGUGUCCGUCAACUGGGAUUCUGAGAACUACGACACAGCUGGGAAGGUCGCUGUUGUCGCUGGCAGAAGUAGCGGUGGUGGUCGCGGUGACGGUAAGGAAACAGUAGAACCCUCCGAGAUAAAAGACUCCAGGGAACCACAGGGAGAGGCAGACCGCCCCAGCCACCAACAGCCGUUUGUUUUGUCUGACGUGGCCGAGUCUGACCGGGACACGGUGAAAAGCGCGGGGUCUUCCAGCUCGGAGCUCGCACGGAUCCGGAGCCCAUCCAGAAAGUCACUGAACUUCGGGUUUGAAGACGCCUUAAAACCGCCAUCGCCUGUGAGCGGCGCGGCAACGAAGAACCAGCAACCCGAGGGUGGGGACAAUCGGAAUGACAAUCGGAAUGAGCAGAAACCCGGCGUGGAUAAGAUUAAGAAUGACGGAGAGAGUGUAAGAGCGGAGGUUGAGAAAGAAGACGGAGACGAGAGGGAUUCUCAACACAACACGCCCACAAAGCGGCUCACCUCAGAGGACGAUCCGUCUGCUCGUACAGCGACAGCCACCCGCCAACCGCUCGCCCAAAGACACCCACCACCCCCUCCCACCACCUCAUACAGCGGCGCGUCACCCCGAGCAUCCAAAUCUUCCUUCCAACCGCCGCAGCCGUCUGUCUCUAGCUCCGCGGUCAUCAACCCCAGAUUGUUCGAGAACUCCCUAGAGGACCGGACGCUGCACCUGGACAACGCCUCCCACCCCCGCUUCUCGGCGCCCUACUCCUCACAGAGACUCAAACCCCGCGGGGACACGGCCAAGCGCUCUAGCGUGUUGACCACCGCAGCGUCAUCAUCGUCAGUCACCGCUACACCCAGGGACAGUCUCCACCCGGCGUCAGGUGACGCUAAUUAUAGUAACAGCCAGCAGCAGAGAGGAAACGAGGCACCGAGCGAGGGUCGUCAAGGUCACCCCCCGCCGACCGAGUCUGUUGUGGCAGACAGCCUUGACCUUGGCUUUGAGAAAGACAGUCUAGAGGGGAUCGAGAGCGACGAUAAGGUGAGAGCCGAGAAGGACAGCAAUAACGAAGGUAGGAUAGUCGAUAACGACGACAACAACGCUGCUUUCCGAGCUGACGAAAAGGACGAUACGGCGAACGACAACAACAACAAUAAUAACAACGACAGGCUAAGUCAAGCUGACAACGACGGAAAACGCAGCAACGUUGUCGAGAACGGGGAGAGUGAAAGUGUACCCGACACAGACAGAUCAAAUCCCACCCACAACACAGACACAGCACACGACACUGACACAGCACACGACACAGACACAGCACACGACACUGACAGAACUAAUCCAGCACACAACACACACGCCAAUCUUCCCGAACUUUCGGGUCAGCCUGAGCAACCUCCGACACUAACAAACAACGCAGCAGACGUCAAAACUGCGCCGCCGAUAUCCUCACCACCGCAUCACAACCCCCGGGAUCCGGAGGAGAAUAACCGAGACUUUGUCGUAAAACCGGAUUUUGAAAGACAGCGUUCGAAUUCAGACGAUACCAUCAAAAAUGAGCAGAUCGAUAUUCAGCCAGUGAGCGACCAAGAACAGCGAUUAUCCGCACCCCCGGACGAUUUUCUAGAACCGAAUCCACGACCGCUACCUCAAGCGGGUGACCAGAUUCCGGAAGAACCGGUCGAGUUCGUCUUAAAAUCGGAUCCCCAAAAACAGGGUUCUUCUCGCUACUCGUCGGCGCAGGGGAGCGGCAGGUUUUCCCACCGAGCCCGACACUCGGAAGUGACGUCAGUGACACAAGCCACGCCCCUAGUCACGCCCCUCGGCGUCACCAGCUCAGCGGCCGCACAUCACUCAAACCGGACCACGCCCCUGUCGAGGAAAGUCUACGUGGAGUCUCCGACCUUCACCAGGGAGGAGGAAGACGAGUACCGGUUUGUGAGCAGUCGGCUGGAGGGAGUUGAGGAGGAGGAGGGGGAGGGGCGGGCGGAGACCUACAGAGAGCUCGACAUGGCGGCCAUACAGAGCCAGGGGGGGUUCAGUUCUAUCCCGGCCCCUGGGAGAGGCGCUGCGGCUGGGCCGGAGAAACGUGUGCGCUACAGCGACAUGGAAGGGAGCCGCUACGAGGAUCGGUCUGGGCCUGAUCCGGAUAUGAUCGGUUCUUACAGCAAAGCUGGUGGUGGUGGUGGAGGGGAGAAGCGUGGUACCGGUUAUCCACCGCGCGGCGCCGACUCGUAUGGUGGAGCCCCCCGGCAGAACCCGGCCGCCUACCCCAACGACCGCUACAACAGCUGGGAGGCCGCCGACAAGGAAAAUGUUCCGGAUCGGUACCCAGAAGAUCCGAGGAACCGGAGGAACUACGGAUACGGUUCCGGUCAGCCCCAUGAACAGCAAUACGGUGGGGGGUAUAAUAAUGUGAACCCGGCUGCACAACAGCAACAGCGACAACAGCAACAGCAGCAACAGCAACAACAGCAGUACGGAGACGGCAACCCUCAGGGGUAUGCCGCGCAGCAGUCAUACUCCAAUCAACAACAACAACAACAGAGGCAACCACCGCCUCAGUACGGACAACAACCGCCACCACAACAACAACAACCACAACAACAACAGCAGCAACAGCCGGCGGUGAAGGGCCUCUCCCUCCCCACAGGCCCCUCCUACGACCCGGCCGACGAGGAAGACCUACAGAGAGAGACCACGUACCAGAUGGGGCUCCGCACGCGCAUACAGGACGCUCACAGACGCGCACAGGAGGUGCACAUACCCCGCCUCACCCUGGACCAAGACACGCGCGCCGGUCAAGGUCAGGGUCAGGGUCAAUAUCGUCAACCACCACAACAGCAGCAGUACGCUGCAGGGUCACGUGGUAUGGUGUCGAUGGACUUCGCCCAAGACUCUCUCGACUACGGAGGAGGAGGAGGAGGAGGAGGAGGAGGUGAGGUUCUUGGGUUCGGUGAGUAUUAUGACGAUAACAAUUACAACAACGAUAACAACGAUGUUGAUGAUGACGGGGCGACUUUGACGACGGGCAGACAGACGUACGUCUACCCACGCGACUCUCUCGACGUCUACCGACAGCCUCAGCCUCAACAGUAUCAUCAGCACCAACAGCAGUAUCAGCAGCCGCAGCAGUAUCAGCCAGCCAGCAGUAGGUUGGACAACGUUCAGUUUGACAGCCAGGACUACUCGGACUACGAAGACAUCCGGCAGCCCCGCGUCAACCCCCAGGUACAACCCCGCUUUUACAACCCGCUCUACGACCGCGGGCCGGAGUCGCUGCAACAGCAACAACAACCACAACAACAACAACAGCAACAGUAUCAUCAACAGCAACAACAGGGCGGGAAUUUUGACACGGCCAGAAGUAACGCGGACGAAUCUUUCCGUGGAGACUUCCCGAUGGAAGCAGCGAACCCCAGCCCGCCGAAGUACGACUACGUGACACACAACAAGGAAGACUACGGCAAAAAGCCGGAGAAAAGCUACGCCGCCCUGCACAACAUCCACAAGGAGGAGAAGGAGAGAGCGCAGGAUCUGUUUAUCCAACCCAAGCCCAAGGGGAAGGGGGGAGGUAUCCUGAAGAACAAGAAGCAGCGAAGCGAACCCACCAGCAGAGAGGGGUCUGAGGCAGGAGACUACUACCCUGGGCCUCAGGGGCAGAGGUUCGGACCCCAGGAGGAGGUGGUGGCGGAGGAGGAGGGGAUGAGUGCUGCUGAACAG